CAGGUAGCUUAUAAAAGAUGACUAGAUGAGGGUCUCAGACAUCAGAGACAAGCAAACGUACACAUAACCAGACAGAUCAGAGAUCAUCAGAGAGGAAAAACUUCGGUCGGCUCACUUCUUUUUGCACAACAGACAUGGUGAGGGGAGUGAGGAUGUUGUGUCCCGCUUGGCUCUUGGCUCUGGCUGUUCUGUGUGCGGGUGGAUCUGAAGUCAGAGCUCAGUGUUGGGAGGACGCCCGCUGCAGAGACCUCACCACUGACGAGAACAUCUUGGACUGCAUACAGUUAUGCAGAUCUGAUCUGACAGAUGAAACCCCUGUCUACCCUGGAGAAAGCCAUUUGCAGCCUCCCUCUGAGCUGGAGCAAACCGAGGUCCUCGCACCCCUGUCCCCAGCGGCCCUCGCUCCUGCUGAGCAAAUGGACCCCGGGUCCAGCCCUCGGCACGAGCUCAAGCGCUCCUACUCCAUGGAGCAUUUCCGCUGGGGAAAGCCAGUGGGUCGCAAGCGCAGGCCUAUCAAGGUGUACACCAACGGCGUGGAGGAGGAAUCCGCCGAGACUCUCCCAGCUGAGAUGAGGCGCGAGCUGGCCACCAACGAGGUCGACUAUCCUCAAGAGGAGGGCGCUUUAAACCAGCAGGAUAAGAAGGAUGGCUCCUACAAAAUGAACCAUUUCCGCUGGAGUGGGCCGCCUGCUAGCAAGCGCUAUGGAGGCUUCAUGAAGUCCUGGGACGAGCGCAGUCAGAAACCCCUUCUCACGCUCUUCAAAAACGUCAUAAACAAAGAGCACCAGAAGAAGGACCAGUGAGGGGGUUUUAAUGGGAGAAGUGGAUAGGGGAUUGUUUUUAAUAUAUUUUCUUCCCAGCAAUCUUAUCAUGCAUAGUAAACAAAAAGAGGGCAGGUGGUGUUACCAGUAGCACUUAAUUCUUGAUGCUUAGAGUUUAUUCACAUUGUAUUCAACAAUAAAUUCUGAAUUCUGUACAUAGAAAUGCUGUGGUGUUUCAAUACUGGAUUAGAGGCUAUGGAAGCAUUUUAGAUUGUUCACUGAAAUGUAUUAUACUGUAAAUUUUGAAAAUGUGACGAUUGUUUCAAGCAGAAAUGAACAAAACGGUUCAUUUCUGAGAAACAAGCAUUGGUUAGAAUCAUUCAGAUGUAUGUGCGGUUGCCAAUAAAGCUAUAAACACAG